UCUCCCCGUCUCUCUUCUCUCUUCCCUUUUCUUCGUCAUCACAGUCACCCCCACACCUAUAAAUUGGUUUUAUUUUCUUAUAUAAAUUUAAUUAAAAUUUUCUCCCCCAAGUAAAAAUUUUAGGAGGGCGAUCCCCUAAACACAAAAUUUUUUUUGAAAUCUAAAUCUUGAUGGCAUUUCACGUCGCUUGCCCAAUUACAUGCCGGCGAAUCUGCUUCUGUCCGCUAGGGUUUCCUCGAUCCCUCGCCACCGCGAAUUCCAAGGCGUGCUUCCUCGACGAGGUCAUCAAGGUCCAUGACUUUCUCAGCGAUCCGUCCGGAAUUAGGGCUCGCGGCGACGACGCCAAAACCGUCCAGGUCGCCGUUCCCAAAGUCGCGCCGCCGCCUCCUCCGCCGCCGACGGCUCAGCCUGUUCCGCCGUCGGUGGCCGGAGGAGAUGCCGCGGUGACGGCGCCGGUCGAUGAUGAGUCGGCGGCUGCGGCCUCCGCGCAGGCCAAGCGCGCUGCUCUCCAGCGCAAGGCUGCCGCGGAUAUGGUGGCCGCUGAGGACUUCGCUCGCCGCUUUGAGUCUGGUGAUUUGUCGGACACCUCCAGAGGAGUUGUGGGAGAAGAGCAGGGUCAGUCCAAUGUUAUGUGUCGGAUAUGCUUUUGUGGUGAAAAUGAAGGAAGUCAGAGAGCAAGAAGGAUGCUUCCAUGUAAAACCUGUGGCAAAAAGUACCAUAGGAACUGCUUGAAAACUUGGUCUCAACACAGAGAUCUAUUUCACUGGAGUUCAUGGGCAUGCCCCUCGUGCCGAAUUUGUGAGGUAUGUCGAAGAACAGGAGAUCCAAACAAACUUAUGUUCUGCAAAAGGUGUGAUGGUGCUUACCACUGUUACUGCCAACAUCCUUCACAUAAGAAUGUUUCUGCUGGAGUUUAUGUGUGCCCAAAACAUACAAAGUGUCACAGCUGUGGGUCAAACGUGCCAGGAAAUGGUUUGAGUGUAAGGUGGUUUUUGGGGUACACCUGCUGUGAUGCAUGUGGACGAUUAUUUGUUAAGGGGAAUUAUUGCCCUGUUUGCUUGAAGGUUUAUAGAGAUUCAGAAUCAACACCUAUGGUCUGCUGUGAUAUUUGCCAGCGUUGGGUACAUUGCCAUUGUGAUGGGAUCAGUGAUGAAAAAUAUCAACAAUAUCAGUUAGAUGGAAAUCUCCAGUACAAAUGUGCCACAUGUCGUGGAGAGUGCCACCAGGUCAAGAAUCAUGAGGAUGCUGCGAAAGAGCUUUGGAAGCGAAAAGACGAAGCUGAACGAGAUUUAAUUACUAGCUUAAGGGCUGCUGCAGGGUUGCCAGCUCCUGAAGAAAUAUUUUCUAUUCCUCCCUAUUCUGAUGAUGAAGAAAAUGGCCCUCCAAUACAAAAGAGUGAAUAUGGACGUCCCUUGAAAUUGUCUCUCAAAGGAUUAGUUGAUAAGUCGCCAAAAAAGACCAAGGACAGUGGAAAGAAAUCUUUAAUCAGAAUCCCUGCUAAGAAGAAGGAAUACCAGGAAAUUUCAAUCAGUAAUAUCGAAGCAAAUCAGAGUGUUCGAGGACAUGAUCACCAAUACCUUGGGUCGGACAAGAAUGAUGAGAUGCAUUCCUCUAAAAAUGCAGAACCAGAAGUAUAUUCUUCACCUCUUGCUGGAAGUGUGAGCCAUACUGAAGAGAUUUUCUCUGUCAGUGAGCCAAGCGUAUUGAAGCACAAGUUUGUUGAUGAAGUGAUGUUGAAUGGUGGAGAUAGGACCUCCAAAGUUCGUAUUAAGGGCAAGUCUCAUGGUCUGGAUAGUGUAGAGGACACUGGGAAGCAUGCUGGCAAGUCUAAGCCUGUGAAAGAGAAGAAGCUAGUGAUAAACUUUGGUGCAAAAAAGUUAAAUAUAACUAAAUCUCCAAGUUCUGAUGCUUCAACCUAUCAAAGAGAACAUGCUUCGGUGACCUCCAAUGGUGGUGAAGAUGCGAGCCAGAGGACAACAAGUACUAUGGUGGGAAAUAGACAUGAUGGUUCUGCUAAUUUUGGCGAUGCUAAAGGUAUAAAAGGUUCAAAGGUUGCUGGAAGAGAAGGAAAUAUUAUAAAGUUGGGAAAGGCUAGGUCAGGAGCUCCAGAUCAUAACCCCAAACUUGUGAAAGGUGAUAGGGUUGAGGAAGUCGAAGGCAUUCCUCCGGAGCAGGCGCAUGUUUCAUCCGGAAAAAGCAUUGAAGGAGGCAUGACUGCAAGUGAGCCUGCAGUUGAGAUCCCCACUAUGAGAAAUAACAAGGUAUACUCAAGGAAGCACUCAGAAAGCAGGUCUGCUGUAUCUGCUCAUAGGAAUGAUGAUUCUGGCCAAACACCAGUUUCACUUUCUUCCUCCAAAGAUCAUAAGCCUUUGUUGAAGUUUAAGCUUAAGAAACCUAAUGUUGAAAGCCAGAGUUCUUCUCAGCAUGAAGAAGAAAAAAGCUCUGUUAAGGGCCAACGGUCAAAAAGAAAGAGACCAUCACCGUUUAUGGAGAAAACAUCAUUUAGUGAAAAUGAUGAUAGGGGACCGUCGGUUGAAGAUAAUUUAAUGGAUGAGAUCAUGGAUGCUAAUUGGAUUUUGAAAAAGUUGGGAAAAGAUGCAGUUGGAAAGCGAGUUGAAGUACAGCAGCUAUCGGACAAUUCAUGGCACAAGGGAGUCGUUAGUGAUGUUAUUGAAGGCACAUCACUGUUAUCUGUUACUUUAGAUGAUGGCAAAGUCAAAUCUCUGGAACUUGGAAAGCAAGGGGUUCGCUUUGUAUCCCAAAAGCAGAAGAGGUCGAGAACAUGAGGGGGAUGUAUUUUUGUUUUGUUUUUUUCAUUUGGAGGCUUCCUUCCCCAUUUUGGUUAGAUAGCUCUCCACAUACAUAUGUUGUAGCAUUUGCCGUGGCUUGUAAUUUUGGUCAUUCUUCAGUCUUCACAGAGGAGAGAGGGAGUUGUUUGUUGGGUGCUCAUGUGUCUUCGUAGAAGAGUUAAUUCCAUCCAACUUGGGUUAGCUACACGGCAGGCUUUCUCUCUCCUAUGCUCCCUCAUUCUCUCUCUGUAUUUCAAUACUGUAGUCUCGACAUUAAAAAAGUUUCUGUAAUAGGACAGGAAUGUUGACCCUGAAAUAAUAGGGUGCUGUUUUUAUAUCA